ACGACGACGUGGCGUCGCAGUACACGUAGAAGACCACAGCGCUGGGUCUGACUCCAUCCCUAACGUUAAAGGCUAAGCAAAUAGCCAUUAACUGACCUCAAUAGGGUGUCGAUACUCUGUGAAGUCAAGGAUAUCGUCUCGCACACGUGUGAAUGAAAAAGACUGUUAACCGAUUGUUCACAGGGGUGUAUGUUAACAGCGUGGGGAUUCUUUCUGCAACAAGCCCGGAUGUAUAAUGAUAUGAUUCUGGAGGUACUGGGCUGCAGUUUUACAAGCAUAAUGAUAUAACCCACUCAGACAGGUAUACUAUACCGACAGCGAGCCCGGAUUGUUUAUCACAUGACCAUCCACCCUUCACUAACGCACAACGUGCACAUGUCACAUCGUAGACAGACACGCUAGGCCAAACGUGGAGGUGCCCGGAGUGAGCUUGACGUCAGCGAGAUGUCCACAAAAGCGGCCCUUGUACCUCACAAGUUGUCACUUGUCUCAUAGCAACACGGGAGCGUUACCUGUCGCCGAUAACGGAGUAUCAACGCUGUCAACAGACAUAUCGCCGUGCUGGAGAAUGACGCGUGGACAUAACCUCAGAUGACCCAAAACAGACCGAACUCAAGAAAAGCGGACAGUAUUCAUAUCACACAAUGAUUAAUAAGACGGCACUGUCUCAGAGUUUGCUCCCUUUAUUCAACCAUCGCCGCCAGGUGGUCAAGCUCCUGUUUAUUUACAGCGUCGUACUCGUUGCGUUCACCACCGCUCUGUUUCAUUUUUUCCACUUUAGCCGGACUCCUACCGAAACCCAGCUUCAAAUACUCCGAAGAGUAGAACCAAGCCAUAACGUGACCGAAAAUCCGAAAGUGGUGAAAGCGCUUGAAAAUCACAAAGAUGAUCCUAGGGGACUAUUUUCUAUCCCACCUGUGCCCAAAAGGUCUUUCAAUGACCACGUGGUUCCAAUACGACAGUCAGUUAUUCAGAAAUACCUGCAUUAUGAGCCCCGGGAGUAUAAAGACAAAGUGUUGAUACUGUCGCCAAUUCACAACGUAGCCAGACUCCUUCAUCGGUUUGGAAGACUACUGAAGGAACUCAGUUAUCCCCAUCAACUGAUAUCAGUCGUGUUCGGUGAAGACUGCAGUCGAGACGAAACUCUGAAGACGGCUGAAGUCGUUGCAUCCAAUCUCAAAAGGACGUUUAACAGAGUAGAAGUGUUUCAUUUCAACGUCACAGGACAGGUCAGGGGGAUUUGGACGGAUGUUCACAAUCGACAUGCGCAGAGAAAGCGGCGCGGCCACAUUGCGCAGUCCCGGAACAUGCUCUUGAAGUCGGGACUGAAGGACGAGGUUUGGGCACUGUGGAUUGAUAGCGACAUUACGGAGCUUCCACGGGAUAUUAUCCAGCAGCUUCUUUCUUCCGACAAGGAUAUUGUAGCUCCUGCAUGUUUGUUCCGAUCGGAUUUGGGACACCUCCGGAUAUUUGAUAAAAAUACGUGGCGGGAGACACCCGAGUCCAUUGCUAAGCAGAAACAUAUGAGAGAUGGCGCACUCAUGUUGGAGGGAUAUGGCGUAUCCAGCAGAAUAUUCCUCCCCGAUCUUCGAGCAGAGGGCAGGGUGGUGCCGAUAGAUGGCGUUGGGGGCUGCACGCUUCUUAUAAAGGCCGAUUACCAUCGGAAGGGUUUGGUUUUUCCAGAAACAGUGGUAGAUCAUCACAUUGAAACAGAAGGCUUGGCCAAACUUGCAAAGAAGAUGGGGUUUGGUGUCUAUGGUAUGCCCUUUGUCAAUGUUAUUCACUGAAAUGGAUGUGUUCAGGUAUUUAGCUUAUUGUGUAGAGUUGCUGCCCUUGGACGUGCCAGGAACCUGUGAUAGUGGUUCGUUUUCUGGUUCUGGUUUUAUUUGUAGGUUACUCGGCACAAUACACGUGAUGGCGGAUUUUGCAAAGGACUAGGACCUACAUCGUUAUGGGAUUUCGUUCCACGAUUUCUCCACUGACUCGCUGUGAUAUUAGUGUUAGUUUGUACAAAGUGACGUUAAGCCACAUAGACUAAUACUCACUGAAUUGCUGAUACUGUGUUGACAAAUAUACUGACGUAAAAAAGAAAGUACACACCUGCUUUUCUUUGGCUGGACAAGGAAUAUAAGGCGCUGGAAACGUUUGGUAUAUCUGUGAUGAUUUGGCACCACGUAAACAAUGUGACUUUUAAGUCACAAUCAAACUCUUGUCAAAAUAGUUCCGUUUUUAAAAAAAAAAAUCCCAAAGCAGCAUGUGUGUAGCUUAUUUCAUAUGUCAGUUUAUGUUAGUGUUAUUACCUAUCAGGAACAUUUGUUUCCAGGUUUGAGUGAGUUAGUGAGUGAGUAGUAAACAUGAUCUAGUACUAAACGUUAUCCCUAAACGACUGCUCAAACGAAUCUGACAACUGCUCAAAACAACUUACACACGGUUCUAUAGUAUACUUGUAGUUAAUCAGUCAUGGGAACUGGUUGACAAUAUAUUAAUUUCUUUUGAGUACUACAUAUUUUUGAACGUUAAUUUUCAAUUCUUCAAAAAACCCAACCCAAAACCAAUUUCAAUGCAUCAUUAACCGUGACAAAAUUGUCGUCCGAGCAUUGGAAGGUUUGAAACUUAUUUGUUUUGCUUCAGGUUGUUUCGAUCUAUUUAAUGUUUGGUUCAGACAAUACGGUAUUUUAUAUAUGUUUGAAAAACAGUGCAAUUCUACCAUUGUAUAUUUACAAUUCUAUGCUGUAUAGUAUUUGUGAAUUAUUCACCCACAGACUGUUGAUUUUAAACAUGUAAAAUAGUUAUUUUUCCUGUAAAAAUGUGUUUCGUUCUUUUCCCCGCUAUCCUGUAUGUAACCUCUUUGUAUCACUGUGUAUG